AGAGAAAUCAGAUUUUUUUUAAACAAAAUCGAAACUAUAUCUCCAUUUUUUUUUAUAUAAAAAAAUUGAAUCAAUAAUUAGCAGCUAUUGUUCCUGCACCCGUGGUUCCAACCUUUUCGUUCUCGAACCUCCCAAAUCUUCUUCCUCUUCAAUUUUCGCCCAGUUUUCUCUGCUCGAUCUUCUCAUCGCAUCUUGUUCGAGAAAAGAUUCCAUUUGGAAAAUACCCACAUGCUGUGAUUCUCUGUGCGCGAGUGCACCAACGCAUAUUCGUUAUAAAAAAAACUCAAUUUUUGUUCCUGGGGUGGCGAUUUUUCGAUCUGGGUGUGUGGGAGGUGGAGUGAUGAAUAGUGGGUCGGUGUUGGUUGUAGCAGAGAGGUGAAGGCAGUGAUGGUGGUUGUGGGUGGAGCUGAGAGGAUGGGGAGAGAUCAAUAAUUUGGAAUCAGUUUUGGGAAAUAAUGCUGUAUCUGAAGCAGCCUAGAGUUCACGUUAUGAGUUUGGAUUUUUGGGUUGUGGGUUUUUUGCAUUGCGGUGAUUCUGAAUUUUGGUGAUUUGUGUGUCUCUUUGCAUGCCAUUUGGUGGUUUCCCUGAGCCUGAGGCUCGGGGGAUCUAAGUAUCAGAGAGAAAGUUAUGGCAUCGUCAGAGAAUGAAACUUGUCACUCUCCUCCUGCCUCUGACCAAACCCCUUCUCCCCAUGUCUGUAUGCAGAAAUUUAGGCUAUAUGAGACUCGAUCGAACUUUUACAUGAUAGGAAGGGACAAGAGCAGGACAUAUUGGAGAGUACUAAAGAUUGACCGUCUAGAUCCUUCUGAACUAAAUUUGCGUGAAGAUUCCACCACAUAUACAGAAAGUGAAUGUUCUGAUCUUCUGAGACGGAUACAUGAGGGUAACAAGUCCACAGGUGGACUAAAAUUUGUUACAACUUGUUAUGGAAUUGUUGGGUUUAUCAAAUUUCUGGGGCCGUACUACAUGCUGCUUAUCACAAAAAGGAGGCAAAUUGGUGCAAUAUGUGGCCAUACAGUAUAUGCUGUCUCAAAGAGUGAGAUGAUUCCACUGCCAAACUCUUCGGUUCGGUCUAACAUCAAUUCUAAAAAUGAAAACAGGUACAAGAGACUCCUAUGCAUGGUCGACCUAACAAAGGACUUCUUUUUCAGCUACUCAUACCACAUUAUGCGUAGUCUUCAACGGAACAUGUGUGAUAAUGAGACAGGUCAUGUUCUUUAUGAGACCAUGUUUGUUUGGAAUGAGUUCUUAACUCGAGGAAUUAGGAAUCACCUCCAGAAUACUAUAUGGACAGUUGCACUAGUGUAUGGCUUUUUUAAACAGGAAACACUUAUGAUAUCUGGACAGGAGUUGAUACUUACACUCAUUGCAAGACGAUCACGUCAUUAUGCUGGCACUAGGUAUUUGAGGCGAGGUGUUAAUGAGAAAGGAAGAGUAGCAAAUGAUGUUGAGACAGAACAAAUAGUCUUUGAGGAUGUUUCAGAAGGUCUUCCCAUCCAAAUUAGCUCUAUCAUCCAGAACCGUGGUUCAAUCCCUCUUUUCUGGUCACAGGAAACUUCAAAACUAAAUAUUAAACCAGAUAUUAUAUUGUCAAAGAAGGAUCAGAAUUAUCAAGCUACUAGACUUCACUUUGAAAACCUUGUCAAAAGAUAUGGGAAUCCUAUCAUUAUUUUGAAUUUAAUAAAGACCCAUGAGAAGAAGCCUCGUGAGUCCAUACUUCGUGCAGAGUUUGCUAAUGCCAUAGAUUUCAUUAAUAAAGAUUUAUCUGAGGAGAACAGACUUAGGUUCCUUCAUUGGGAUCUGCACAAACAUUUUCAGAGCAAAUCUGCAAAUGUCUUGCAGCUUCUUGGCAAAGUGGCUGCAUAUGCAUUGACAUUAACAGGUUUUUUCUAUUGCCAAGCAACACCAACCUUGACACCAGAAGAAUGUCUAAAAUGGCCAACUACAGACAAUGCUGAUAAGGGAACCUUUUCACCUACUAGACAAGUCAAUGAUGACAAUGAGGAUGCUAAUAAUUUAGAGAGGAAACCCAGUGAAGGAGGCAAUGAUGCUAAUAAUUCAGAGAGGACACCCAGUGAAGGAGACAAUGAUGCUAAUAAUUCAGAGAGGAAACCCAGUGAAGGAGACAAUGAUGCUAAUAAUUCAGAGAGGAAACCCAGUGAAGGAGACAAUGAUGCUAAUAAUUCAGAGAAGAAGCCCAGUGAAGGAGACAAUGAUGCUAAUAAUUCAGGGUGGAAACCCAGUGAAGGAGACAAUGAUGCUAAUAAUUUAGAGAGGAAACCCAGUGAAGGAGACAAUGAUGCUAAUAAUUUAGAGAGGAAACCCAGUGAAGGAGACAAUGAUGCUAAUGAAAGUCAUUCUGUCAAACCUCCCAAGUUGCAGAGGGGGGUGCUCAGGACCAACUGCAUAGACUGCUUGGAUCGCACAAAUGUUGCUCAAUAUGCAUAUGGGUUGGCUGCUCUUGGUCAUCAGCUCCACGCUCUGGGAGUUAUUGAUCACCCAAAAAUUGAUCUUGAUGAUCCCGUAGCUGAUGAUUUAAUGAGGUUUUAUGAGCGGAUGGGUGAUACACUUGCUCAUCAGUAUGGUGGUUCUGCUGCACACAACAAGAUUUUCUCCGAGAGGAGGGGCCAGUGGAGAGCUGCAACACAGUCUCAGGAGUUUUUUAGGACUCUUCAACGCUAUUACAGCAAUGCAUACAUGGAUGCUGUGAAACAGGAUGCAAUCAAUGUAUUCCUGGGGCAUUUUCAGCCACAGCAGGGUAAGCCCGCUCUGUGGGAGUUGGGUUCAGAUCAGCUCUUUGAUACAGGAAGACAUGGAGAUGACGAUGCAAGGUCACUUUUCAAAAGAUCCUUCUCAGAUGGAAACAUUCUUAAUGAUAGUUCUACACCAAUGUCAGCCCCAAAGGCCAGGCACGAAAAAUUCCCAAGCCAAGGCUUACCAGACCGAUCAGGAGAAGGAAACAAGGGUCUUUGUGAGUCAUCACCAGAAAUAUCAACUACUGAGAGUGACAUCUCAUUUUCAAGGUACACUCCCCCAAUGCCUCGGAGACAGCUCUUUGGUGAUAUACAAAGGGAGCGCGGCAUUGAAAGUGAACAUAUUUACUAUUCUGAUCACGGGGAUUCCUUCAGCUGCUCCAACUUUGUUGACCUGGAUUGGCUAUCUUCUUCAGGAAAUUCAUGCGAAGAAGAGCCAUUCGAGAGGUCAUCAAUCACCAACUCUCCAAUUGCCGGAGUUUCUUCAGAAAAUGUUGUCAAUGGAAUAAUAGUAGGAGAAACAACUGCCUCCACUAGUGAUUUGGGGGGUUCCAGCCUGAAGGGAAGGGAGCAAACUGAAUCCGAGUUAUCCUAUGGUGAUGCGCGGUCCAAUGCAUCAGAGGAUUUUCCAGAUACUUUUGUACAGUGGGUGACUUAUGGGCAGACACUUUGCCAUUGAAGUUUGCAUAUGAUCUUUUGCACUAAUAUAAUUGACAUUUUUUUGGCUUGGUCUAAGAUCUGAUUAGAAGAGACUAGAGAGAAAGAACGGGUGAAUCAGGCAUUUGGGUAGGCUUCAUGCUUAUCUACGAAGAAUCCUGACACCAAUCUUGGUAUUGACAUGCAGCGUAAUUCUGUUGUGAAAAUCUCAGUCAAAUCCUCAAGGCAUAGUAAAAAAUAGUGCAUAGCAACUGCUUGUAAAAUUUGUCGCUGUCUGUUCCUUUUAUUUUUAUUUUUAUUUUUCUGUUGUUUUUGUCUUCUUGGAGUUCACUAUUUUCAUUCUUCUUUCAGCAGUUAUAGUAGGUGUACUUUUUGUAAAUAUUAUUACCCUGCUUGUGGGAGCUUCACUUUAGAAUUGUAGAUAAUUGAUUCUUUUAAAUAACUUGCUUGUUAUAAUGUAUAAUAUAGAACUCAUGCUCAUGAGUCACUAUCUAAUUAA